CCCUUUCUUGAAAUGAAAUGAAAAAAGGACAAACGAGGAACGGACAGGCUUGCACUGAAAACGCGGAAGCUCUAUCCAUGCCAUAGCGCCGCCAACGCUCCCAAUCUUCCGACUCUCCAUUUUCCCAUUUUCAAGAAUUGCAAAAAAACAAUGCAAGGUAUCAGUAUUCCCCAAGCUGUUCUUAAUCGAUGAAGAACCAAGAAUCUGAAGAAGAAAGGGUUCUGUUUUUAUUCAAACUGGUAUGUUUUGCUGUUUAGAUUUAAGCAUAUUCUCAUCCAGUUUACGAAUGCCCAUAGUGUGUCUAGUGUAUACCCCUACUCCAAGAAUCAAGAUUCAAAAUUUAAGAGUGACUUUUAUAUGCAAAAAAACCUUGAGUACUAUAUGUACAAAAAAGAACCCGAACUCUCCUAAGAAUUUUAAUACAAAUUUAAAAAAAUGUGCGUGUGUCUGAAUCUUGAUAUCAAUUCAAAAUCCGUAUGUUUGUGCGAAUUUUUGAAACUUGUGAAUUUCUCUAUUUGGAUAUAAUGCAAGUUCUCGGCAAAAAACAAAAAAAAAUGGAUUUUAACAGUAACUCCCACUGUUCUUGGGCUUAAAUUGGUUGUAGUUUGCUUCUGGUAAAUGAUGGGAAGAAAAAGUCUAAGCCCUAUACUACAGAGAGAGUUGGAGAAGAAUCUUGAUGCAGGUGUAACACUCAGUGAAGGGUGGUUAUCAAGCACAUCAGCUGAACAUCAUGGACUCACAAUCUCACUCGAUGAGGUUGACCACAUUAUGGGAACCAUCAUUAGGGCAUUAAAAUCCUCAUCUAAAGGGUCAUUUCCUCUCCAUCAUCAGUCUUGCUCAAAAGCAGUUGCAGCCAUCGCAAGGUACGGAAUGGGUCCCGUGACUCCAGAUGAGAAAAAGCGCCACAUCUUACACUCCCUCGCAAAGCCGCUUUCAGAUUGUCUCUUGGCAACUCAAGUAACCCUAUCUUCGGGAGCUGCCCUGUGCCUAAAGUCUCUAGUGGAUUCCGAAAAUUGGCGUUUUGCUUCAAGUGAGACAAUCAAUGAGGUCUGCCAAACAGUCUCCGGGGCACUGGAGAUGCACGAAGUUAUAAACCAUCACAUGGCUUUGGUGAUGUCAUUGGCCAAACACAACGGUUUGCUCAUCGAAGCCUAUGCAAGAUUGUUGGUCCGAUCCGCGUUGCGCAUUCUGAGUUGCAAAAUAUCAGUGGGAGAUUCUCGGGAAAGGUUGUUAGCCAUUCUUAUGCUUAGCUGUCUGAUGAGGUAUUUGGAUCCGAGGAGUAUAUUGUCUGAGAUGGGAUUGGUCAUUGAACAGCUGGCAGUGUGUGUAGAAUCAUCAAAUGAGACGUUGCAUGUGAGAAAGACAGCGUUUGAUGCACUUCAAUUAGCUAAAGGAAUAUUUUCUGAGAACGUGUGUGAAUCUGGUGAUGAUUCAACUGUUUCAUCCCCCAUUUCGAUGAGCAUGAACAGGAGACUUUUGAGAAGGUAUGAAAAUGACAGCUCAGAUGAGGAGGGUUUAGUAGAUGAUAACAGCUUCAGUUUGUAUGGAGAGGGUGCUGGGCGAUAUAGAAGGUGUACAGAUAAUGGGGACAGACAGUCAUAUGUGGAGAGCGCAGAAUUUAAAAGCAUCAAAAGAGCGGUGCCAGAAAGUAAAGGGAACUGUUAUGGUUCAUAUACUCCGAAUCGUAAGCGCAUGUGGUGGGGGUUUCUAAUUCUUGUUGUGAUUUUCAGUUUUUCGGUGUGGGAGGGGCAUCGAGGUGGUCUUUAUGAUCUCGUCCCCACUUAAAUUUUGUGCAACUUGUUAUGAAUUGGUGCUUAUAGAAUUUCGAAUGUUAUUGUGUGUUUUAAAGAUAACAGAUUUUAUCGAUCUGUAUAACAAGGUGAGUUUUUGGUGUGUUUGUGAGUUUGAUUAUUCUACAUCUUCAGUAUACACAUUAGGUCCUAAGGCAUGUGUGGCAGGGAAAGAUCAUAGGGCCCAUAUUUCAAAUAGUAAG